AAGACUCAUACCUACUCAGAGAUAGUCUCCUUUUCUUCUCCACCUUCGCCGGUUCUCCUUGCAAUUGAUAUUCCGAUCAGACCCAGAGAGCUACCGCUACGGCUCCUUGAUCGCCGAGACGAACCACUUUUCUCUAGUCAUCGCCCAGCUCCUGGUUGCCCCGCGCCGAAGAACGGAGCUGGAUCUUUCCCAGCCGUGUCAUUCCACUCUCAACCCUUGGUGGGAGUCCGCGAGAUUUUUUUUUAAAACAGAGAAGACUGCCGUGACUUUGCUAGACAAAGACUCCGCAACUUAACGAACCCAGCUGCUCCUGUACGGGACCCUUGCUCGCUGAAAACCAGAGUCUGGGCCAAGUUCGGAUGCCCCGCUUCCUCGUACCUCUGCCGUCAUCUUCACAAUGGUUGUCUUCGUUGACUACGACCACGACGGGUUCAACACGCCUACAUUUCCUCGCGUCCCCGACAAUCGCCUGCAUCCUUGCUUGGAACCUCAAAAGCCAUUGUUGCCGAAGUCACCGGCGAUCAAUGUCGAUCGACCAUGUCCCUCGACGGACGUGUCUGCGGCUCUCAGUCAACCCGCCGAUUCAUCACACAUUCCUCCAGUCAAACCCGACGAUCCACAAUAUGUGCCCAACCGAAGUGCUUUUUCAGCCGCUCUGAGCUGCUAUCCGAUCAUCAAAGAAAUCGCUCGAGCAGUCGACCUAAACACUUUGCAUGCGCUCUCUAGGACCUGUCGGCAGUUUCAUGCAAACAUGGCCCCAUAUCGCUCGCAGUUGAUCAAACAGACCUUGCGCUGUGAGAAUGAAUACGUCGAGACCGUCUCGGAUAUGCUCGACAGCGGAACAGCGAUUCCUGAUAGUGUCAAGUCCGUGCUGCAGCUACUGAGUCAGUAUGCAAGGGUCUCGGGCCGGAUCACCACGGGGAAGGUCGCCAAAUGCGCUCGAGACAUGGUUGCGGAGUGUCGUCGAUGCUCCAAAGUGGUGUGUCGGAACUGCACCAUUAAGCCUCCCCCCAGCAACAUGUACAAGAACCGCAUCCGACGUCUUUGUACCACUUGCAGAACAGCCCCGUUAACCGACUUAAUCGAUUCAUUGCCUUCUUCCCAGAAUGCGGCCGCCCACGACACAUCACCAACCCACCCAAAACUGACAGCCGUUGCUAUCCAGCGCACCCCAUGCGAUUGCUACGAAGCGAUCUGGCUCUGCCAGCAAUGCGGGCACCGCGUCCGCAGCAAUGAUACCACCUAUCGUCGCGUCUGGACCUGGCGCACCCGGUACAGUACUUACCUGGGGGGUCUCGGCACGGGAAUUGGUGAGGGCUGUCAAGGAGUCAAAUGCGGCCGAGGAGAACACUGUCUCGCGGCCAAGGAGAUCGAACUCGAGGUUGAGUGCGAAGCGGACGAAGCAUCGGGGGGCAGCCCGCCCGACUACAGUCAUUACUAUGAGCAUCGCAUACACCAUGCCCAUAGUCCUCCGAGACACACAACCAUCGAGAGCUGGGACCACCGUGAGGAGGACGAACCGGGGUAUUUCCGACAGGAAAUCAUCGGAAUCGGGGGCAGGGUGAAGCAGAAGGCCAAGAAGAGGAUCGUCGUAGGAGCUUGUGUGGUGGAGCAUGAGGACGAGAGGGAGACGGGCGAGUAUCUCACGAGGGAAGAGAAGGGAGAGCAUCGUAGUUGGUGUGGUUGGUGUUGGAGAGUCAUUCCCGCCAAGGGUGAGGUGCAAUCGCCCUAAAGGGUACGUACUACUGGCUCCCAGUCGAAGAAAACAUCGACAUUCUUAACCAAUUCAGGUAGGUGGAUGAGUAGACCUCCGUCGAGUCCAAAAUACCUACUCGCUCAAAACUCAUUUGUCGAAGUAUACCUUAUGUAUUCAAAAGAAAUGCUGUGGUCCUGUCCCUGUCACCAAGCUAGUGCAUUCUCGACCCGAGG